AUGGUUAAUAAAGUGGACCGUCGAAAGAAAAGGAGGGAAUUACCAAAAUCAGAAUGCAACAACAACCAGAACGAAAAAGCAGGAAAAAAGGAGACGCGUGAAGGCAAAAACAUUGGUGGAUAUACGUUUGUUAAAGCUCGCAAAAAAUGUUCGCCUGACGAUAAGUGCCCAAUAAUUGCCGUCACUACCGAUAAUUUUGUGGCUGACUCAAAUCCUAAGCAGUACAGAGUUACCCUGGAUUAUGUUUUCCAGCCAAAAGAUGGGGAAAAUUCGCACGAAUAUCGCUUCAUAGAAAAUCUGUUUAAAGCUCUCAAUUCAGGCGGUGGAAAUCAGUUAGCAGUGACAAAGGAACUUAAAACCUCUCUCCAAUGCCUAGUAUCGCAUCUCACUAACUCUUUAUGGAAGCAUUCGGCUGCUGAAACACCAAACACUAAAAAAGUCUUUUUACCUCGAGUACCAAGGCCACGUCAGAAAGACGACAUUCUUUCACGAAUUGAGAAGAUUUCUUUGAGGUGUGAAGGGUCCGAGGUGAAUCACGCCAAUAUCCUAUCGAGUAGUGACGACAAAAAGGACUCUGUCUUACCAGUUGAGCAGGUCGUAGCAAAUCAUGUUCACCAGGGAGAUUUGAACCGGGUCCUAACCACCACAACCACUUCAAAUACUGCUAAUACUAUUAAAAAGUGCACCGAAAGGGACCGAAACUUUGAUAUUUGCGAGGUGAGUUGUGACAGUGGGACGGAAAAGCCCCAAGGUGGAACUGUUUUUAAGUUCGGCAAUAACUUGGUUAAUCUCAACGUCAACAUUUCUUCUUCCACAUCGCCUAUGCCACAGUUGCCGAUUAAUUUGAACAUCAGGCUGCUGGAAGACGUCAUCACUCCGCCUACUCAAGUGGCUCUAACUUUAGUUCCUCAAAGUGAUGGCACCUUCCGUGUCGUGGGUCAAGAAAAACAAAGCGAUAUCUCGCCUAAUCCUCCCAAUUCCAUUAAUAUAAAACUCCCGCGUCCAGAUGUCUGCUAUCACGAAGACGCAAACACAUCGCAUGCGCAUAGCGGUUUUAACGAGCAAAAAAACUGCCAAAAUGCCGUGUUGUUUUUCCCGAGGGUUCUUUUGGCCUCGCCUCAAUUAUUUAAGCCCCUGGAAAAGGAUAAUGCCGUCAGACAUGACCAGACAGCAGCUAAGGCUAACUUGGACCUCUAUAAAAGUACGCCUUCAAGUAGUUCUCCGAAUGCGUUUCAAGCGAACACCUGCUAUUCAUCAGUAUGCCCAGAAGCAAACGCUGGGAAACUAUCACUUUCGAAAACAGGUGGCCAGCAGUUAAUGUACUACCCAGCGCUGUGUCCGGAAAUGUUAUGUAAGGCGACCGCUCAGGAUGAUCACGUAGACGGGACAAACGCGCCAACUUGUUGCCACAUGCCCCUAAAAUGGGAGAGAGAGGAUAGGAGAAAUCUCUCAGAACCAAAGCAAGCACCACAGGAGACGUGGAGCGUAGAAGUUGACGGUACUGAAAAACAAAUGCAUCAAACCUAUGGUAGGCGAAAUACCACAAGCCUUCUUGCCUACUUUAAACAACUUGAACAGACUAGUGAGAAGAGUAAAUUCUUACAUCCGAAGUCUCAGCAAUGUCAGUCUCCUUCGCGUGCUCACGGGACUAAACAACGGGAGUGCUUCCGUAGGAACGAAUUAGACUCAAAUUGUGAAUAUCCCGGGAGAGCACGAAUGCAAACUGUGUUAGUCCAUGAACAAUCGAAUUCAAGUUCUGGGUUACCGAGAAAUCGAGCACACUGUUUAGUUGCCGGGUCACACACUAGUUAUUGCGAUGAUACGGUGGAUUUAAGAAAGGCCUGUUCACCACUAGGGAUAAAUAGAAUGUCACCUUGGAAUGUUCCGUCGAUUCCCAGUGCCCAGCAGUGCUCAUUAGCUUCAUCAAACCAGCAUGCUACUCAUACUAGGAUUAGCCGAAGUGAAAGGGCUAGUGAAUUGAGGUCUCUCACUAGUAAUAAGCCAUCUGCACUGUUAGAAGUCCUGGACAAGGUUACUGUGACUAGAACAGAGGUGACCCAACCAGGAAUAUGUGUAACUGGUGCAACUGAUUGCUUAAAGACCCAAUACCCAGCCUCGGAGUCAUACACGGGCACAUCCCUUAGACAUCAUAGUAGAGAUGGCACUUCCCCGACAGGAGUUUCAUGCUUUUCUCAAUCCCCUGAUGGUCCGUCUACACCCCCCAUAAUAUCAUAUCCGCAACCCUCUUCGCAAAUGGUAAACGACAAAUUUGUGGUCGCUCAUGGUUAUAACCAAGAUCCAGACGUCAGACCUGGGGACACCACUUAUAGAGGUUGUAAUUGUGAAAACGGAGAUUUUAUUCGGCAAACUACUCCCGAAUAUGGCGUAAACGAGUGCAAGGGGUCUAAUUUGGAAGGCGUGGAUUCCCUUUUCUCUUCUUUGGGUCAAAUAAUUUCAGCUUCAGAUUUGGUGGACCCGAGGGAGUGUUCAUGUGGUCAAAUCCAUUCUUCUUGCACAAGUCAAGCAGGCUCCUACAUUGACGAUACGCAUGACCUUGGAUCCUGUGAUAUUAGCAUGAGGUCAACGCUUUUUUCUGAAACGAAAGAUUCCUUCUCUUCUCAGGCUCCCCCCAUACUAACAGGCGCCAACUGUCCACCGGCUGUUCUAGGGGAUGUCAGCCCACAUUCCCUUUCUCAUUCUUCUUGUUCCGAGUCUGAACCAUCCAUUGAAGCUCCUGCGUCUGCAAACUACCCCAGGGAGGUUGAUUUCAACUCCUAUGACUAUACCAACGGUUGUGAGACAAGUGAAACCGAUUUACAAUCUCAACCGCCACGAUUACUGCCUCAUCAUACACACAUGAAAAGUUACGUAUCAGCAAAUGAACAUUCAGAAAAUUCCGAUUCCUCAUUAAUGGAACUAAGAAACGAGGCACAUCCUUUGGUAACUGCCUCACAACAUGAAAUCUGUGAAAUGCCCAAGCCAUUUUCUCUGAUUCGUAAAAAAAGUCAGUGGGUUGCCUCUGAGAUCGGACAAAACACACUUGAAUUCUGCAGGGCUUUUACUGAGUCAAAUCCUGCUAAAAUUGGCAGUUGUAGAAUCAGUAUAGCCGGUUGUGUAUAUGAUUUUGAUGGCGACAUCAACGAAGUUCAAGUGAACAUUUUAGAUAACGAACCAAAUGCUGAAACAUCGGAUAGGUCUGAACAAGGCGACUCACACGAAACUCACUUGACGGAACCAAGCAGCAUGGAUAGCAAAUACAUGUACAGUGAAAAAACAGAAGUGAGUAGCGCUGACUCCAUCGCCGAAGGAGCUGGGAGUGUUCCCAAACAGAACAGUGAUUGCGUGCAAGCUCCAAGUGUCGAGCAAAAUAAAAGGGAUAAGAAACUGCAUGUGCGACUAAAAAUCCGUGUUUCCGAAGAUAAUGGCCAAGUAUUUUUUUACAAACCUCAAAACCAGACGUUUGAAAGCCCGGCUCGCAAAUCUGAAACGAUUAAACCUGAGAUAUCUUCUGCUAGCGGAAGACUUGGUGCAGCCAGUUUAAUGAAAGAAUAUAACAAUGGUGCUUGUUUUGAUUAUGUUGGCGAGGUGCAGCAACUCGAGGUAGUUCCUGCACACGAUGGUUCAGGUGUGAAGAAAAGCCAGACUGAAGAAUACACAGACUGCACGGACCUGUCGUGGUCCAAAAACAUGCAAAGGAUCAGAGCUCCUGAUUUUGCUGCCAAUUCACACUCACGUAGAUACAGUGAUAUUGACCAAUCAUCCCAAUCACCAGUGCAGCAGCAGAGCCAACUCAACGAACUGCUUGAAGAAAUCGCUGAAGACCUUGUAACCGAGACAAUAGAUGCCAUCAUUGAGACGUUUCACGAGUGUAUGCCUCUUGGUGAAAUCCCUUCAAAGCAAACAGAGCCUCCAGUCAACUACAAAAUAACACCAUCAGAGGUGGAUAGAAGUUUUCAACCAAUUAACGCUAGUGGUAAAGGCACAACAAACUCGCCAGAAUGCAGUAUUAGACAAAACAUUGGCAGUACUGAAGUCCACCUCCCUAUAGGCGUAGACUAUCCUACCAACGGCAAGCAGGAGUUGGGACCUUUACCUCUACACCCCCCAAUAUUGAUUCAAGCACAUCCAACCAACAGAGAAACGAUUGGGCCUUCUCACAAUGACAAAGGGGAAGCAAUAGUACUGACGAUAAAUGGCAAGCCAACGAAUAUUCUAAUUGAUAAAAACAAUGUUAGUACGCUUAACCUCAAUAUCAGAGAGGAUGGAGUAAGUGGACCAGUGCAAGUGCAUCUAACGACUUUCAUUUCCGACUGUGAUGGAGAGCCACUUUCUUCCGAACCCUGCAUUCGUCCAGCUGUGCCCUCUGACGCGAUCCCAGAGGUUAAACGAAUUGAGACGCCCAUGGAUGGCUUAUCAUCCGGUGCCAGUAGCAAUAUCCAAUCGGCCUAUGAAAAAGCAUUGGCAUAUACAUGCGAUUUCGAUGGGGACGAAAUUCAGAUAAUGACCACUCAAAUGUCUCUCAGUGAACAGAAUGCUACAGUUCAAGGCAGCGGUAAAACAAUCCGCACUCUAGAGGAAGUUAUGAAGCACAAAUCCUCUUCCCAACUCCUUACACAAAAAAAGCCCGAUUCAAACCCUCACAAAACUGAAGCAUUAUUGAGAGAAGCUGGUGUUGCAACAAAUUUCCAGGAGCUGCCCAAUUGUGGACCAGGAUCAAAUAAACAAGAGAAAAAAUUUGGGAGGACGAAUUUCAACACUCUUCAAGGUGGGAUGGGUGAAGCAGAGCUAUUAAAGUACGGUGCAAAGUUGUCUAAUCAAUUUUCAAAAGCCUGCACCUGUGCUUCACUGGUUAAUGGCCUUCACAAUGCCAGUAAAUGUAAAAUGGGGAAUCACAAUACCUUCAAUGGCAAUCCCAACGAAGUUUUUAAUGAAAAGACGAUAUCCAAUUUUAGUCGUUCACAAGGCGACGUUUUAAUGGCCCCACCGAAAUACGUAAGUCGUCACAACGCAGAAAACUCAGACACUACGGCUAUGGCGACAUCUAAACUGCCUCAUCAGCCUCCCGAUGUAGCCGUGAAAUUUUCUAAACCAAUGGCUGUCACGACACCCCGGCUGCAGUCUGGUCAGCAAGGUGGCGGAUGUUAUUCACACGGCUGCCUGGGUCCGUGUGAGCACACCUCGAGCGAAUCAGACUGCUGUCAGUGCUGUCCAAAUUGUCACUUAUCCAGAAACGAUAAUUAUUGCCAUGCGCAGCCCUCAAGUAAAGAAGGCAAUGAAGACGAACUGACCCCAAAUAGCUAUCAGUUUCUACAAGGAGCUGAUUUACAAACAAAUCAGUGCAUAGGGGUUGGUAGGAUAGACAGCCGAUGUGUGGCCGUAUGUGAAGAUAAAACAUACGGAGAUGAAGCGUGCAUCCCUGAAAACUCUAAAAUGAUGGAUCCAAAAGUACAGAUUGUUAAGAAGAAUAUCCGUGAUUUGGAGGAGGAGGUUGCUCCAGGCUACCCUCAACCCACUCCAGUUGCGCUUAGUUGUGAGCAAAAUUUCGUGCAAGGACCAAUGUCUAUUAAUGUAAGUAUAUCUUCAACAGGUCAGAUAAAGGUGCUUAUGAAAGCUAAAAGUUCUGAUGACGCGUCAACAUCAGAAACUUCUGGAAUCAGCGAACGUUGUACACUGAAAUCAUCAACUGAUACAGAAGUAAAGAGCACAUUGCAAGAACAGCUCACUCAAAAUAACGUUUGCAGAUCCAAUUUGGAAAACCUCCGGCCUAUCAGGAACCUCUGUAAACAAGCUCCUUCACCGGCACCGGAAGGUUCUGUUCGUAUGUUAAAGCCCAUUUCCUCUCAUCGGGUUGUGUCUGAGGCAGAGAGGUCUGCGACUGCACGGACUGUUCAGUGUGAAGACUACAGAAAUAUGGGCGACAUGCUUCAUGCUAGGCAGUUGAUACCAGAACCAAUUAGGUCUGGUUCUGAGGGUAAAUUGUCGAUUGGACGAAGGACUAGUGGUUCAAUACAGUCAACAAGAGAGUCAAAUGAUUUGUCAGUGCCCAUAGAACUGUACCAUCGAUCGUAUUCAGCCGUUAAGCUUAUUCCGGACUCAACCACGACGUCAGUCGAGGAAGCUUGUGUUGGCGGGCAGUUGUUUGAAAAAACCCCAAGUCCAGACGCGAGGAUAUUAGAUGAGUGCACGACACCAGACCCGAAAGUGCCGCUAGUUUGCGAGGAUCCCAAUAAUCGACACCGCAGGAACUUUAAAAAUUUCACCAUUAUGAAAAAACCUUGA